UAAACCAGAAAGCCUUAGGAUCAGAGCGGCUUGGAGAAGUUGAGCACUGGAGAAAAGCGAAAGCAGCAGCAGCAGAUACGCUGAAAAAGAAUAGCUGAGGAAAGGAGCUUCCGCAGCGAUGCAGUAGUGGCUUCCUGGGGUUUUUUUUAGUAGCUUCCCAGAGAUUGGAUUAGCAUUAGAAUGCGGGAGAUAGUUACCCUGCAGAUUGGCGGCGCGGGCAAUGCCAUUGGCGAUGCUUUCUGGCACGUGAUCUCCCACGAGCACGGCGUGGACUAUGCCUCGGGGAGGUUCGGCGGCACCAGUCCCCUUCAACUGGAGCGCAUCAAUGUGUUUUUUAAUGCCACCGCCAGCAAAAGAUUUUAUGCCCGCACCAUCAUUAUAGACACGGAGGCCAGCACCAUCCAGCGCUUGAAUGCAAGCAGCCAGCUGUACAGACCGGAGAACUUUGUGGCCGGAUCGGAGAGUGCGGGUAAUAACUUUGCUCGCGGGUAUCAUACGGAUGGAGCCGAAAUCCUUGAGCAGGUGCUGGACAAUACGAGACGCGAGGUGGAGUCCGUUGACUCCCUGCAGGGCUUCCAGCUGCUCCACUCAAUUGGCGGUGGCACGGGCUCGGGAUUGACCUCCCUGAUAAUGGAGGCCCUUGUGCAGCAAUAUCCCGACAAUUUGCUGUGCAACUACGUCACGAUACCAUCGCCCAACAUGUCCCAGGUGGUGGUGGAGCCGUACAACGCCCUGCUGAGCACACCGGCCUUGGUGAAUAACUCGCAUCUGACCUUUUGCCUGGACAACGAGGCCCUGUUCCAGAUCUGCAACCGAAACCUGCAGAUCAAGACGUCCGGCCAUGAGCAUAUUAACCAUAUUGUGGCUUUGACCAUGUCGGGAAUAACGACUUGCCUGCGCUUUCCGGGCCAGCUGAAUGCUGGCCUGCGCAAGAUCUAUGUGAACAUGGUGCCGUUCCCCCGUCUGCACUUCCUUAUACCGGGAUUCGCGCCGCUGGUCACCUGCAAGCAGCAGCAGUUUAGCAAGGGCACCGUCUCGGAGCUAGUGCAGCAGAUCUUCUCCAGCAAUAACCUGCUGUGCGCCAUCGAUCUGCGGCGGGGCAAGCUCCUGACGGCGGCCGGUAUCUUUCGGGGCAGGAUGUCGCCGCGCGAGGUUGACCAGCUAAUGACCGGUGUGCGGAACAAGAACAUAAGCAAUUUUGUGGACUGGAUACCGAAUAACAUCAAGACGGCCAUUUGCGAUAUACCGCCGCGGGGCUUGAAGAUGUCAGCCACUUUCAUUGGCAAUACCACGGCGAUACAGUCGCUCUUCCAGCGGCUCCUGGACGCCUCCAUUGCCAUGUUGCGGCGAAAGGCUCACCUGCACUGGUACACCGGCGAGGGCAUGGAGGAGCAGGAAUUUAUGGACGCCCAGCAGGAGCUGCAGGCCAUCAUCGACGACUAUCGGUGCAGUGCCGAGGGCGAUGAAUGCAGCGGAGCAGCCGGCGGCAGCGGUGCGGAUAGGGAGGAUGACAACAGCAGCGAUGUGGCCGCUGAAGGUCCCCGAUGCACCUACUGCCCCCAGUAGCAGCCCCAUCUCCAUAUUAACCCUUAGCAUAGACCCAUAGGACUUCAGGAGCUCAAGUUAUCGCUUUCUGCUUUCGGAAUAGGAGGACCUAGGGAGAAACCUAAGCCGUUUCCUAAAUUUCAAGUGGUCUCCAUUGUUGUCUCGCGUUUUGGAUUCGCAUUCAUUAUAGUUUUGCCAACCAAGAAAAGCAAAUUCACAAAUUGUUUAAAAUAUAUUUUGAGUAUAGGAUAUUUUUUUUAAUAAAGAAAAAACGAAA